CUUACGGCGGACACAGGUUUCUGGGCUCGUACGGGAGCCGCACUUCCUUUUUGUCCGACAUCUUAGCGAGGCAGCGGUGGUGUCUGCUGCUCUCCGAGCUUCGCAAUGCCGCCCAAGGAUGACAAGAAGAAGAAAGAUGCCGGAAAGUCGGCCAAGAAAGACAAAGACCCAGUGAACAAAUCUGGGGGCAAGGCUAAAAAGAAGAAGUGGUCUAAAGGCAAAGUUCGGGACAAGCUUAAUAACCUAGUCUUGUUUGACAAAGCCACGUAUGACAAACUCUGUAAGGAAGUUCCCAAUUAUAAGCUUAUAACUCCAGCUGUGGUCUCUGAGAGACUGAAGAUUCGCGGUUCUCUGGCCAGGGCAGCCCUUCAGGAGCUCCUUAGUAAAGGUCUUAUCAAACUGGUUUCAAAGCACAGAGCUCAAGUAAUUUACACUAGAAAUACCAAGGGUGGAGAUGCCCCAGCUGCUGGUGAAGAUGCAUGAACAGGUCCAACCAACUGUACAUUUGGAAAAAUAAAACUUUAUUAA